AUGGCUGAAGCUGUGACACUAGAAGCGGUCAUGGCUUGGUUCAGAGAGUACCAGAAGAACUGCAUCAUAAAGGAUGGGGUCGUUCCAGAAUGGUUUCAUGGUAUCAUAUCCAGGAAGCAGUCAGAGGAAAUGCUGAUGACCAAACCACCAGGCUGCUUCCUUAUUUGUGUCAGUGAGAGCAGAAUAGGAUACACCCUGUCCUACAGAGCCAAUGACUGCUGCAGGCAUUUUAUGAUCGACAUGCUUCCAGAUAACCAAUACGUGAUAGUGGGUGAGAAGACGCGCCACCGCUCUCUCGACGACCUGGUGCUUUUCUACAGUCAGACUUCGAUUGCUCCCUUCACUGAGCUGCUGACCGUUGCCUGUGAUCCGGUCUCCAAAGAUCAGGUAGAAUGUGCAGAACUCCUGUUUAGCAAAAAUAAUGCCUGUCAUCCUGGGUCCGAUAUCUGGCCAAACAUGUCUCAGCCAAAUGCACGUUACGAAGUGUCUCAUCUGUCAGUUCUACCUCAGAACCUGGACCUGAACAUGAGCAUCACAACGGACACCACACCAAGCAGUCCAAGGCUAUAUCCCAGCCUAGAGGAGGAGCUUGGUAUUCUGAACCUGCACAAUACAGAAACACUUCUUCCACUACCAAGGGCAAGGUCCAAAUCCAUGGACACAUCACCACAGACUCCCAGCAGGCAUAAUAAACCCACCACUGGCAAGGAGAAACGGCUACCUAAACAAUCAUCUGAACAAAAGAGUCCAACGGAGUUGAAGGCCCCUCUCCUUAGCCUGGCUCAGUGCAAGAAGAUCUUCCAGAAAAAGAAGAAUCAUUCAGAAGAGCAAACGUUCAGGACAAACGAUGAAGCUACAAACAAAAACAUAUCUGAAGCAAUGGUGAAACGAGAUGGACUAUUAAACAACUGGAAAGCUGGACUUUCUAAAUCUACAGCAAAUGUGUUACCAACAGAAUAUCUUAACCCUCCUCCUUUUGCCCCUGGGUACUGAAGUAUGUGCCAAUCAUUUAUGCUGUAAACUGAUGGUUCACUAUAUGUAAAUAAAAGAAAGUACUAGUUUUC